GCUCAUCAGAGUCAGAAGAAGUCCGAACCCAAACUAGUAGUGAAUGGACGUAGUAACGCUACGGAAAAGAUGUGAAAUGUGAAAAAAUGACGAAAAUUAAAGUCAAUACGAAGCCCAUGUUGGCCCUCCCUCCGGCCAGAGAUGCCAGGUUCAAACACAUGGCCUGGGUAAUUGCUCAUUGGAAUGCAUGCAACAGUUGAUAACACAACCCCCGCCCCGCGACCCCAGACUAGGAUCCGAGUGGGUGUGCAGUGCACUAUUGAUUUCGUUCAUUCUUCCUGUCAGGCCCACCCGACUCAAUUGUCGAGCUUCGCUCGAGACUCUCGCCAGACACUCCAGCCAAAAGCGUUACAAAAAGCUGAACUCGCUAUAUUCUCUCAGACUCCCUGGGUCACCCUGAUUACCCGCCCAAGCUCAACUCGAUUGAGUCAGUUAGUCCAUCCAUCAAACCGACCCCCCACGCCCGCUCAGAGAGACCCGCCUAUUGGUUUCGAUUUCAACACAUCGUGAGCUUGUCAUCAUUUACAUAGAAGGACGGAUAAGCCCUCCCUCCCUCCUUCCCUCCCUCCCUCUCACUGCACCCGACCGACUGACUACCUCUUCUGAAUCUCUCCAACCAGACCGAAUCCGGAUCACCAAAAUGAGUACCACAUCCCAAAAGCAUCGCAAUUUCGUGGCCGAGCCCAUGAACGACAAACCCGUGACGGAUUUGGCCGGCAUCGGGGAUGUGCUGGGCAAACGCCUCGAGGCCAAAGGCUUUGACAAGGCCUACGUGGUAUUGGGCCAAUUCCUGAUCCUCAAGAAGAACCGCGACCUGUUUGUGGACUGGCUCAAGGAUCUGGCUUCGGCCAACAGCAAGCAAGCCGCAGAUUGCUAUCAAUGCUUGAGCGAUUGGUGCGACGAGUUCCUCUAACACCAAUGAAAGAAUGGCCCCACUCUCAUGAUGGCCGACCAUGAUGGCCGGGAUUCCAGCCUGUCUGGUUUCGACUUGACUCCCCCAAAUAUAGUAUCAUGAAAACGCUAUCCAACCAACUCGAAAACGACAAUAAAAUCACAGUGAUUUCGUAUGUUCCUUA